AUGGGCAAGCUGAUACGGCUAGAACUAUUUAACUUCAAGUCCUACAAAGGACAUCACACCCUUCUCUUCGGAGAUUCUUACUUCACCUCGAUAAUCGGGCCAAAUGGAUCGGGGAAGUCCAAUUCCAUGGAUGCGAUAUCCUUUGUCCUGGGUAUUAAGUCGUCACAUUUACGCUCAGCACACUUGAAGGACCUUGUUUAUCGUGGCCGCGUUUUAAAAACCUCCAAGAUCAACGACGAUGGCUCUGCAGAAACGCGGGACAAUAACGACGUCGCGACAACGACGGGCGACGACAAAGCUUCCCGAGGCGACCCUAAAACUGCCUGGGUCAUGGCAGUUUAUGAAGACGAUGCUGGCGAUGAGCAGCGAUGGAAGCGCUCCAUAACCAGUUCCGGGGCCAGCGAGUAUCGUAUCAAUGACAGAGUUGUCACGGCACAGCAAUACAAUGAAGCAUUGGAAACAGAAAAUAUCCUCAUGAAAGCUCGCAACUUCCUCGUAUUCCAAGGCGAUGUUGAGGCCAUAGCUUCUCAAUCUCCGCAAGAUCUUACUCGUCUCAUUGAGCAAAUAUCAGGCAGCUUGGAAUAUAAGACAGAGUACGAAAAACUCCAGGCCGAUGCUGAAGAAGCUGCCGAGAACCAAAACUUCCAGCUACACCGCCGUCGUGGAAUCAACUCCGAAAUAAAGCAGUAUCGCGAGCAAAAGAAGGAAGCAGACAGUUUCCAAAAGAAAACUGAAGAAAGAGAUGCGGCCAUUGUAUCACACUGCCUCUGGAAGCUCUAUCACUACCAGACAGCUAUGGAUGAGUCUAGUGCUACUAUUCAAGACCAUCAAGAAGAUCUGAAGGAACUCAAACGCAAUGUGGAAACUUUUGAGGCACGGCUGGAGGAUGCUAGGAGGAAUCAGAAUACGGCUGGUCGAUUAGUGGCUCGAACGGAGAAAGAGAUCAAGCUGAGAGAAAGGAACAUCGAAGAUAAAGAGAACGCUCUGUUGCCUUUUGAUGAGAAAGUUCACGAGUCUUCACAGCAAGUUGAGAAGCUUCAUGUUCAAAGCCAAAAGGUGACCAAAGAGCGAGAUGAACAAGCUGCCAUCGUGGAAAAGGUCCAGAAAGAUAUUGAAAACGUUGAGAAAGCACAGGCUGUGUUCGAGAAAGACACAAAAGAGCAGAUGAAAAAGCAAGGGCGAGACAUUAGUGACACAGAUCGAAAGGAAUAUAAUCUCCUUCGGGCGCAAGUAAUGUCUCGCUCUGGAACAAACCAGGCAAAAUUGGAAAAUCUGGAGCGACAACGCAAAGCGGACGAGGUUACUGUUAAUAACCUCCGGGGAAAGCUCGACAGCAUCACCGCAGCUAUAGAAAAAGCUGAAGCGGAGUUGCAAAAUAUCGGCGAGCGCAGAAGCUCUACCGAGUCGGCGUCCAAGGAAAUUUCCGAUGAAAUCGCAAGGAAGAAGAAGGAGUUUAAUCAAUUGCAGUCCGAACGUGUAAGAACGAACCAGAAACGGACGGAACUCGAGGAGAAGCUUGAAGAUGUAGCUCGAAAGCUGCGUGAAGCCGAUGACGGUCGUCGCCAGAAUGACCGCGAAACCCGAAUGAAGGAGAUGGUCACGUCGUUGAAGCGCAUGUUCCCCGGUGUGCGAGGCCGCAUUGGAGAUCUAUGCACGCCAAAGCAGAAAAAAUACGACGAGGCUGUAAUUGUCGCGCUUGGAAAAGAUUUCGACUCAGUUGUCGUGGACACCGAGAAGGUUGGCGUAGAUUGUGUUCAGUACUUGAAAGAGCAGAGAUUUCCGCCCAUGACUUUCAUCCCACUGGAUAAUAUUAAGGUCAAUGCCGUUAAUACAGCUAUUAAAGGGUUCUCUGGCGCGAGGCUGACAAUCGAUACCAUCAAUUUCGACACAUCAGUUGAGAGAGCGGUGUCAUACGCAUGCGGCAGUUCAGUGGUUUGCGAUUCCCUGAGCAUUGCAAAGCAUAUAUGCUACGAUAAAAAGAUACCGGUGAAAGCGGUUACUCUUGAAGGGUAUAUUAUUCAUAAAGCGGGAUUGAUGACUGGAGGUCGUGGCCCCGAACCCAAAGGGGGCAAGCGAAAAUUCGAAGAAGUCGACGUGCAGAAUCUUCAGCGAAUGGCAAUGAAACUCAAGGAUGAAAUAGACCGGCUCCCAAAAUCUGAUCGACGUGGAACGCAAGAGGAAUCGCUGCAAAUCGAUCUUGCUGGAUUAGAACGACGUUUGGUCUCGAUGAAAGACGAACUUGCGGCCUUCGGUAUGAAUUGGACGAGCAAAAAGCGAGAGCUUGAUGGGUUCAAAAAGGAGCUGAGAGACCUUGAACCAAAGUACAAAGAACAGGUGUCGCAGUUGGAAACUGAUAAUGCCACCGUCAGCGAGUUCAGGGCGGCGAUUGCCCGCGUAGAAGAUGAAGUAUUCGCCAACUUCUGCAGGAAGCUUGGCUACAGCGACAUCAGAGCAUACGACGCCUCUCAAGGGAAAUUAGAGCAAGAGGUGUCAGAAAAAAGGAACCAGUUCGAGGUGCAGAAGCAGCGGCUGGAGAACCGUCUUAAAUGGGAGCUGACUAGGCAUGGAGACACGGAAACGCGGAUCCGACGAAUGCAAGAGCACAUCCGACGUUUGAAGCAGGAUAUCAAGACAUACUCGAAGGAGAAGGCCGACAUCGAACAAGCCAUUCGUCAGGACCAAGAUGAACUUGAGGCGUUGCAAGACACACUGGAGCAGCAAAAGGCUGAUCUCGCAGACAAGAACCAAAAAGUGAGCGAGGCAAGGACCGAGCUGCAAAAACGGAGCAAGGAUAUUGAGGCACGGCAGCGUGACAUUAACACUUUAGAAACAACAGUGCAAAAGAACAGUGCCAGCAAGUCUGCACUACUACGGAGAUGUCGGCUUGAACAAAUUCAGAUCCCCUUGGUUGAAGGUACAUUGGACAAUCUUCCGAACGAGGACGAUCUGCUUCGACAGGAUCCUGAUGCAAUGGAUGUCGAUGAUGACGAGGAGGACAUGAUGGACAUUGCCCUCGACGACCAUGGCAUCGCCAUCAAUUUCGAGGGCUUGGACAAUGACCUGAAGGAGUCUGAUGGCCCUGGAGUCGAGGAAAAGUUGACGGAAAGAAUAUCUCUGCUAGCCUCGGAACUUGAAAAGUUGAACCCGAAUAUGCGAGCCAUGGAACGCCUUGAAAGCGUCGAAUCAAGGUUAAAACAGACAGACCAGGAGUAUGAAGACUCCAAGACGACCGCACAGGCUGCGAAGGAUGCAUUUGCCAAGAUCAAACAGAAGCGAUACGACCGUUUCAACAAGGCUUUCACCCACAUCCAAGAGCAAAUAUCUCACGUAUACAAGGAUCUCACACGAUCUGAGGCAUAUCCGUUAGGUGGGCAGGCGUAUCUCGAUAUUGAAGAGGACACAGACAUGCCUUACCUCUCCGGUAUCAAGUACCAUGCCAUGCCACCACUGAAGCGCUUCAGAGAUAUGGAACAUUUGUCUGGCGGAGAAAAGACCAUGGCUGCGCUGGCAUUGCUCUUCGCCAUUCAUAGCUACCAGCCAAGUCCUUUCUUUGUAUUGGACGAGGUAGAUGCUGCACUUGACAAUGCCAAUGUCGACAAAAUUAAGAAGUAUAUCCGCGAACACGCCGGGCCUGGAAUGCAGUUUAUAGUUAUCAGCCUGAAGACGGGACUUUUCCAAGAUUCAGAAAGUCUGGUUGGCGUAUAUCGAGACCAGGAAGUGAAUAGUUCAAGAACUUUGACCUUGGAUCUCAGAAAGUAUGCCUGA